AUGACGAAGGUAUGGAUACGAUGCUGACAAAUGACAAGGCAACGCUCAUACAGAUGUGGUGCCCGAAGAGCUAUGGUUCAGUGAGGGGCCAAAUACCUAAACGAGAUCGGCUCACUUACACUUGGCGUGAACUUGAUGUGUUCGGCGAAGCACCGAAAGACGAGAACAAACGCGAACCACUGUGUAACCGCCUUCGCUACUGUCUGCGCCAGCACCGGGAUAUCAAUCCGCGCAAACACUUGUUGAAGAACGUCACCGGUGUCGCUCGAAGUGGUGAGCUACUGGCCGUCAUGGGAAGCUCUGGGGCAGGCAAAACCACGCUUCUCAACGCACUGGCAUUUCGCUCACCUUCUGGAGUGAAGAUAUCGCCGAAAGCGGUUCGUGCAUUAAACGGAAUACCGAUAAAUGCGGAGCAGUUGCGAUCCCGGUGCGCCUAUGUUCAGCAGGACGACCUGUUUAUUCCAUCGCUCACGACUAAAGAGCACCUCGUUUUUCAAGCCCUGCUCCGAAUGGGGCGCGACGUACCAAACACCGUCAAACUGCAUCGUGUUAACGAAGUGCUCCAAGAUCUAUCGCUUAUGAAGUGCGCAGACAUAAUCAUCGGUGCACCUGGCCGCACAAAGGGCCUUUCUGGUGGGGAGCGUAAGCGAUUAGCGUUCGCAUCCGAAACGCUCACUGAUCCGCAUCUGCUCCUGUGUGACGAACCGACAUCAGGACUAGAUUCGUUUAUGGCACAUAGUGUACUACAGGUUUUGAAGGGUAUGGCGAUGAAGGGCAAAACUAUUGUCUUCACAAUUCAUCAGCCAUCAUCCGAGCUGUACUGUUUGUUUGAUCGCAUUUUGCUGGUUGCGGAGGGUCGUGUGGCGUUCCUUGGAUCACCUUAUCAGUCGGCGGAGUUUUUCUCGCAAUUGGGAACUCCUUGUCCACCAAACUACAAUCCGGCUGACUUCUACGUACAGAUGCUGGCGAUUGCUCCGUCAAAAGAAACUGAGUGCCGGGAAACUAUAAAAAAAAUCUGUGAUUCCUUCGCAGUCAGUCCUCUUGCACGGGAGGUCCUUGAUGCAGCAUCUGCUACUAAUGCUUAUUUUUUGCAACCGUUGGAUACUAUCUAUGGGAUUGGAUACCGUUCAAGUUGGUGGACACAAUUUUACUGCAUACUAUGGCGUUCUUGGUUGAGUGUGUUAAAGGAUCCCAUGCUAGUGAAAGUUCGACUUUUGCAGACAGCGAUGGUGGCAACACUUAUCGGCUCAAUUUAUUUUGGUCAGGUUCUUGACCAAGACGGUGUGAUGAAUAUCAACGGUUCCUUGUUUCUGUUUCUUACCAACAUGACCUUCCAAAAUGUAUUCGCCGUCAUCAACGUAUUCUCUGCUGAGUUGCCUGUGUUUCUGCGCGAGAAACACUCUCGUCUUUACCGCGUCGACACAUACUUUAUGGGGAAAACCAUUGCUGAAUUGCCGCUAUUCAUCGCCGUACCAUUCGUAUUCACUUCCAUCGCCUACCCAAUGAUUGGGUUGAAGGCAGGUGUUUCGCACUAUCUCACGACACUUUUUGUUGUUACGCUCGUUGCCAACGUUUCUACCUCAUUUGGGUACCUCAUAUCCUGCGCCAGCUCUUCUAUUUCGAUGGCCCUCUCUGUGGGACCUCCAAUCGUGAUUCCAUUUCUCAUCUUUGGUGGUUUCUUUCUUAAUUCGGCAUCGGUUCCGCCAUAUUUCAAGUACCUUUCAUACUUGUCCUGGUUUCGGUACGCAAACGAAGCAUUGCUUAUAAACCAAUGGAGCACCAUCGGUGAUGGUGAAAUUGCAUGUCCGCGUUCCAAUGUCACCUGUCCACAAUCGGGUGAAAUCAUUCUGCAAACGUUUAAUUUUCGUAACGAAAACUUUAUGACCGAUAUAAGUUGUCUGUUUGGACUAAUCAUCCUCUUUAGAAUCGGUGCUUUGUUUUGCCUGUGGUUGCGUUCGCGCAGUAAGGAGUAAUCGAUAGAACUUAUAGCUCUUAAAUCGUUUACCCUUUCAAUUUUUUUCGCAAAAAGUAACAGAACAUCAUGGCUCAUUCAACGAUAUUUUUCGAAAAAUUAUGUUACAGGUGUGUAACUGAACAACAAGUUUUUCAAAUGUUAUUUUAUUCGUCUUGGUAAUCUUCAAACCCGAAAAACGGACUAGGGGACAAUUCACGAUUGAGGCGUGAGAGCCGUGUGCGCAGGAUAGAAUUAGUAAGGUAUGCGUAGCCGAAAGCGGAGAAGGUUAACUGUACGUUACAUAUAAAAUAAAUCGACGGGACACUGUC